AUGUCUUUCGGAAAGCUCUACGGUCUUCCUGACAACCCUCGCACCGUCUCCAUCCUGGUCGCUGCUAAGAGCAACGACCUGGACCUGGAGCUGGUCAAGACCGAGGCCAACGGCAACGCCUCGUUCAACUCGGGCGCAGAGUACCGCAAGGUCAGCCCCCUCGGUAAGGUCCCUGCCUUCGAGGGUGCCAAUGGCUUCACUCUGUCCGAGGCCAUCGCCAUCGCCGUCUACGUGACUUCCCAGAACGAGAAGACCACCCUCUUGGGAAAGACCAAGCAGGACUACGCUUCCAUCCUCCGCUGGCUGUCCUUUGCCAACUCCGAGGUUCUGCCCCGCUUCGGUGCCUGGUACCGCCCCCUCCUGGGCCUGGAAGGCUACAACAAGAAGGCUGUCGAUGAGGCCUCCAAGGUCGCUCUGAAGAGCGUCGGUGUCCUCGAGACUCACCUCACUGCCAACACCUACCUGGUUGGCGAGCGCAUCACCCUGGCUGACUUUUUCACCGCCGCCCUUCUCACCCGUGCCUUCGCUACAGUCCUGGACGCUAAGUGGCGCUCUUCUAGCCCGGCUGUUGUCCGUUGGUACAACACCAUCAUCAACCAGCCCGCUUUCAAGGCUGUUGUUGCCCAGCCCGUCUUCGCCGAGGAGGCCAUUAAGUACACCCCUCCCAAGAAGGAGGAGAAGCCCAAGGCCGCUCCCGCUGCUGAGGAGAAGCCCGCUGAGAAGCCCAAGCCCAAGCACCCGCUUGAGGCUCUGGAGAAGCCCACUCUGAUCCUCGACGACUGGAAGCGCAAGUACUCCAACGACGAGACCCGUGAGGACGCUCUGCCCUGGUUCUGGCAGAACUUCAAGGCCGAGGAGUACUCGCUGUGGCGCGUGGACUUCAAGUACAACGAGGAGCUCAAGCUCACCUUCAUGGCCAACAACCUCAUCGGCGGUUUCCACGCCCGUCUGGAGGCCUCCCGCAAGUACAUCUUCGGUGCCCAGGCCGUCUACGGUGCCAACUACGACUGCGUCAUCCGCGGUGUCUUCUUGAUCCGCGGCCAAGACCACGUCCCCGCUUUCAACGUCGCCCCUGACUGGGAAAGCUACGAGUUCACCAAGCUGGACCCCUCCAAGGAGGAGGACCGCAAGUACGUCGACGACAUGUGGGCCUGGGACGUCCCUGUCACCGUCGGUGGCAAGGAGCAGCAAUUCGCUGAUGGCCACGUCUUCAAAUAA